CGGAGACGCCGAGUGCACGGUUCAUUUGCGGGCACAGGUUUCCACGGGAAACGUGGCGAGGCUGUUUCCCGAGCGGCGGAUAUCCACGGCUCAUCGAAUGGAAACGAUUCUAUCGAGAACGCCGCUUUAGGAGCUUGAAAACAAUACUUCAUCAUCUCGUCACGUCUGUCUAGUCCUGCUUCAGAUUUGCCAGCAAUCCUCCAGCCAUGGCCACUGAAUACAAGAUCGUGCCCUCGAAGCUGCAAAAUGUACCAAUAACAGGCAGCGAAUGCCGCGUUGACUUGGCUGAGCCGCAAAAUGUUCCGAUAACUCCUCCUGCGAGAUCGAAUGGCUACAAGGAUGCAGCUAGCCGCUUCAAUUGGACGUUUCUGAGACACUUCAGACUAAUAUUCCUGAGAAAAACCUUGCUCAUCACAUUGGCCAUGAUAUUCGUCGCUUCCGUAAUUUAUUUAACCUGCACAUCAGGUUACCUCUACAAAUCGAAACUGUACCAGCAAGUAAUUGAAUUUGUCCCAUUACCGAGCAACAACGAGCCUCAAGAGAUCCAGAGACGCGAGGUGAACCUCCUGGACGUCUACCGACUGCUCGACAAUGACGGUCAUCGAGAUCUACCCCUGGAAACGCGUCGAACGUUGUCCCGGGUAGACCAUAAUCGCCUGAAACGAGAAGCAGAAGCUCCGUGCAAUCAAAACGCGAUACACUGCAAACAAGUGAUCGAUUCGAUGUUGAAGAUAGUGAACACCGUGAAGAGCAACCUGCAACACUUUCACACGAUGCUGAACAAAGAGAACGAGCCCGAAUCGCAGUUGAAGGAGCUGGUCAAGUGUCUCGAGUGCAAAAACGACUCGAUAACGUUCAUCGACGAUUCAGGCCCAGGAAGCACGUUCAUAUUUGAGGAUCACGAUCGACCACCGUAUCAACACUAUGACCGCUCGCAAUUAGAGCACAGCAUGAACGUCGUCACCAGAUUACUAAACGACAAAACAGACGACGUGCAAGAUCAAGAUACUAAAAAGUCGACAACUUCGGUUAUGGAAGAUGGGUAUGCCUAUAAAAUGGACGAUCAUUUCGAUGAAACAGACGAGAGAAAUCUUAUCUUUGAUCCAAACGAUCCAACAGACAAAUCUAGUUCCUCGAUCAUCAAAGAUGUAUACAAAAUGGAGGAUCCUCCUACUCAAACGAAUGACAAGAAUAAUAAAUCUAAUUCUCUAAAGGAUCAAACAGACGAUAAAUCUAGUUCUUCGAUCAUCAAAGAUAAAUACAAAAUGGAGGAUCCUCCUACUCAAAAUAACUCUGAUCCUCUGAAAGAUCAAUCAAACGAAAAAUCUGGCUCCCUGACCAUUAAUCUACAGAAAAUCGACUCUAACCAAACGAAUAGCAAAGAUCACACCGUAGAUCCGAAGGAUCAGGAAGAAAUGAAACACUCGACUGUUACGACCAUCAAAAGUGGACACGGUGUGAAAACGGAUGAUUAUUCGGGGCAUGAAGCGACGAGAACGUCGCCGGGUCCGUCGACGACGGGGAACACGGAGAAGGAAGCGUUCAAGGCACCGGAGGUGGUCAAUGAAACUACGAAACGGUUGGACGGAACGGAGGAAGCGGCGAAUCAAACGAGCAGAAUCGAUAAUAUGGAGCAGACGGCGAGCACGGGGAACGUGACCGUCGCGGCAGACGCUGGGAACGUGAGGGAAAUCGCGAAAGGCGCGGUGCAUCCUUCGGUGCAUCCUUCGGACCAAGGUCACGCGGAACAGGCCACGAAUGGGGAAGCUGGGAACGACCGGAACCACCAAACGCUCCAAAGUUUCAAGAAAGCCAGGAUCAUGUCGAAAGGUCCAUUCCAGUCGAAAGACAGUCCAACGAUCAUCCCCACCGCGGAGACGACGAAAUCCACGCAACAGUUGCAAAUCAGUCCGACGAUGUCCUGGAUGCCUUACCAAGUCUGCUUCUACGGUGCUCCGGGGAACGGUGUCCCCGGCAGGCAAGUGGCACCGGGUCAAAUCGUGUACCCAGCGACCUCGCCAGGUGCCCCUUACCCGGUGUCCAUGCCCCAGCAGAGGAUGGGUCCGCAGAGUUCAGGACAGGCGCCGAAUUUCGUGCAGGUGCACGCGCAGUCGGUGCAAUUCACGCCGAUGCAGGGCUAUUUUGGGAAUCCCGGCCAGAGGAUGGGGCCGACUGGACCUGGAAUGAUAAACUACCCCAUGUACCCCGGGCCACAGGCUUCGCCUAGCGCAACUGGAGCAGCUGGGAAGGCUCCUUACUACUGCACCUACAUUCCUGCGCCCACUUUCCAGUUCCCAGCUAUUCCUGGUAUGUCUGAAUAUCAGAGGUCGUCGGAUUCUGCCUCGAACAAGGGAGAGAAGAGCGACGAUGGCAAGCGGAGUGGAUCUGGAAGGACAAACGCAUCGACUGAUCCCUCUACUUUGUGUCCCUACAAUACUAUCCGAUGCAACGACGGGAAACGAUGUAUAUCGAGGUCACAGUGGUGCAACGGACAGGUGGACUGCAACGAUGCAAGUGACGAGACCACGUGUUCCUGCAGAGAUCGGAUAUCUCAAGACAGGCUUUGCGAUGGAUACUUCGACUGUCCGCAUGGGGAAGAUGAGCUGGGAUGCUUGGGUUGUCCGAAAACAUCGUUCAGCUGCAAUGAUUGGCGCUCACAAUAUAGUCCUGACAAUUGUGUUCCUCUUUCUCAACGUUGUGACGGUAUUAAACAGUGUCCUAAUGGAAAGGACGAGGUCGAUUGUAAUAUACUCACAUCAACAUUCGUCGAAGGGAAAAAUGUAUUUUCAAUCGGGUAUACCGAAGGAUAUCUUCACAAGAAUUUCAUGGGCCAAUGGUACCCUGUCUGCACACCGAGAGAUUCUUGGACAAAGGACGCUUGCGUCUCUGAGAUUGGAUCAGAAUUAAACGAACUGCCACAAACCAGGAUGCAUUCAAUACCAAAAAAUGUUUAUCAAGGACCAUACAUAGUGGAAAUAAACGGAGAGAUAAAAUUAAUUCCAGACUGUAUGAACAGCGCAGCGUAUGUUCGUUGUCCACAGUUUCCUUGUGGUACCAGGGUCCCGACGAAUCAGAGCUCGCUGCGACCUCAAGUCCUCGAAAAGGAGGGCGAAAAUAUUUUGCCAGUAUUUAAUGAUGUCCUGCAACACGAUUUUGUGAAUGUUCAUAAUAUGCAUGUUAGAGGGAACGACGAUGGAGACGACAUAGUCGGUUCCCAAUUGCGAGUAGUCGGUGGUCGCGCCAGUCAUCCAAACGCGUGGCCAUUUUUAGUAGCUAUUAACAAGGAUGGUACUUUCUACUGUGGCGGCGUCAUUUUGAACGAAUUGUGGAUCCUUACUGCGGCUCAUUGCCUCGACGGAUACACAGGCCAUUAUUUCGAGAUCCAAGCUGGCUUGCUACGUCGAUCCUCAUUUUCGCCAAUGGCGCAAUCUAGAAGAGCUAGGUACACCAUAAUUCACCCGCAGUACGAUGGGGAGAAUAUGAGGAACGAUAUUGGAAUGAUAAAACUAGACGAUCCUCUGAGGUUCAAUCGGUGGGUGCGACCUGUCUGUUUACCGGAAAGCGACAUUUUGGGUGGUAUGUGGAGACAAGAGCCGGAAGUUAACUCUACUUGCAUUGCGAUUGGUUGGGGAGCUACGAGGGAAAAUGGACCAGACCCUGACCAUUUGCGAGAAGUCGAGGUGCCAAUAUUGAACAACUGCAAAUACGAAUUCGAUCAACACGACGCGGUGAUUUGCGCCGGUUACCCUCAAGGAGGACGCGACGCUUGCCAAGGAGACAGCGGCGGCCCUUUGAUGUGCAAAAACCCAUACGUACAAUCGCAAUGGUACGUGGCAGGUGUGAUCAGUCAUGGCGAAGGCUGCGCUCGACCAGACGAGCCGGGUGCUUACACUAAAGUCAGCUACUUCUUGAAUUGGAUUCGAAGCAUUUCCAACGAUGAAGGUUUACCGCCUCUCAGACGGUCGCCUCUAGAAAAAUGUCCAGGAUUCAGUUGCAAUGGAGGUCUAGGCAAAUGUUUGCCAAUGGAAGCACGUUGCAAUCGAAUAGUAGAUUGUUUAGACGGCGAGGACGAACUGUAUUGCUCUGCUAGUGACAAAUAUCCCCUAUAUCGAAAUCUAAACAGUGCACCUAACGAUUUCCAAUUUAUGGAUCCUACGAAUGAGACUUCGAGCACUUCUAAGAAUACUCUAGUCACUGAGACUGACAGUGAGGUUACCGAUAAGACCAGUCAGUUCAAAUUCACUGACGACCAAACCACCGAGCCUGUAAUUCCAUUAACAACUGAGUUUCUUAAUGAUGCGAGCACUGAGUCAUCGUCGACUACCGCGGAAUCGACGAUUUUUACGUGUUCGAGAUUGCUGCAAAGCAUCCCGAUCAGCAAGAGAUGCGACAGAGCAGUGGACUGCGAGGACAGCAGCGACGAAUUCAAUUGCACUUGUAGAGAUUACUUGUCCAACCUGAAGCCGUCCGCCAUUUGCGACGGUUUUCUCGACUGCGACGACCGAACCGACGAGGAGAAUUGCGAGAUCUGUUCGGAGAAUGAAUUCUACUGCAGAUCCAGCAGAUUGUGUAUAGAUUCGUGGAAGAAGUGCGAUGGAAAGUUCGAUUGCGACUACAUGGAAGACGAACGCGACUGCUUUACGCUGUCCGAUGGCCAGCGAGUGUAUCUCGACGCGGAGCAGCGGCCAUCUUUGCGGAUGCAGGGAGUCCUUACCCAACAUGUUAAUGGAAAAUGGCGACCGGCUUGUCACCGGCCGAGAAUGCAUCGGAAUCAAUCCACGAUAAGGCUUAUCGGAGAGAACAUGUGCACGUACUUCGGAUUUGCUUAUCUAGAAUCAUCGGAACCAGUCAGCGUGAGGGACUACGAGCUGCAGACGAUAAGCUGGGACAAGAAGAACGCUGCAUUAUACAGGAGUCUAUCAGCGGCCUCUCUGAGCGAGCAGGGCAAAACCUGUCCAGGAGUUUACGUUCGUUGCAGACCGGUUCUGAGCGUCAACCAGAGCGCACACCUGAUAGUAGACGCGGGAACCGGAAGCCGCGAAUACCAGUGGCCCUGGCUCGCCGCCAUCUUCGUCGACGGCCACUACCGUUGCUCGGCUAUUUUAUUGGACGCUAACUGGCUACUCUCCGCCUCGAAAUGCACCGAAAAUGUCAGGUUAGAUACCAAUUACACGACCGCGGUCGUCGGUCACGGCCCGUUGUUCCGCUACGUGGACGGUCCUCAUCAACAGGUGUCGAUUAUCGAUGAGAUGCAACAUGUGAACGGCUCGGUGUCCGUUCUGUUGCACCUGAAACAUCCUGCGAAUUUCACUCGUUACGUUCGACCCCUGUUUCUUGAGAAAAAGAUAUAUCUCCCUGGAAUAAACGAUUCUUGCGUGGCAGUUGGAACCGAUAAGAACUACGAGACAAGAUCGAUUUCUUUGCGACCAGUACUGAAGAAUUGCCAAAACUGUCAGCGUUGCUUCGUUAAUACAUCUAUUUCUGAAUGUCCGAAGGAAAACAAAACAUCGGAAUGGAGUGGAACGAUAUUUUGCUACGGGAAAAAGGGAUGGUACCCUGCAGCGACUUUCGAAGAUGAGAAUGGUCCCUGCGACUUCCGGAGUACGCAAACGUUGACCAGCAUCGACCAUGUGAAUCCUUAUUUGAUGGAAGCUCUGGACAGCGCUAGAUCGUCGGUCGAAGCUUCUUGCGACGGUUUCCGGUGCAAUAUUGGCCAAUGCAUUCCGAAAAAUCGAGUCUGCGAUGGUGUUCCGGAUUGCAGGGAUCAAGCCGAUGAAGAUUCAGAAUAUUGCAAAGAUAUUCGCGAGCAUUGCGGGAAUAGUACUGACAACUGCAAUUGCUUGAAGUCAGAGCUACGCUGCGCAAAUGGCAAAUGCGUCGAUAAAAGUGCAUUCUGCGAUGGAACCCCGGAUUGCACCGAUGGAUCGGACGAACCUAAUCAGUGCACCUGCGCGGAGUACCUGAAAUUAACCAAACCAGAGAGAUUAUGCGACGGUGUCCGCCAUUGCAUGGAUAAAACCGACGAAUCGCCGGAAAUGUGUCCUUGCGUGGCUAACAGCUUCAACUGCACGACAUUCAUUGGAAAUGGCACCUGCAUUCCUCAAGACUUCAUUUGCGACGGGGACAACGAUUGCGUCGAUGGCGAGGACGAGUCCGAAUGUAAAAAAUUGAAAGCAUCUCCAGGCGACGAUACGGGUUCCGGCGAAGUAAUUGUUCGAAGUUUCGGUGUGUGGCACACAGAUUGCUUCUCGAAGCCAGUCGCCACAAAUGAAGAGGCCCACGAUUUAUGCAAAAGUUUGGGAUAUUCAUCUGGAGUCGUUAGGAACGACACCGUAAUCACCGAGAAGCCAAUGGUCCCUGAAAUAGAUCACUUUUACAUGGUAAGACUGAACGAUUGGACGUGGAUGACAUUAAGGGACGACAAAUCAUUGGUCACGUUGGUCAAACCCGACACAACUUGUUACCGAGCGUUUGUUAAUUGUGUUUGAAUGAAACCAUACUAAACAGAAUCAUGUAUGAACCUAAUUUAUAUAAUUUAUACACUUAUUUUCUAUUUAUUGAAGAGACCAAUAUGCGAUGUAUACUAUUCGUUUAAGAUCAAACCAAAUA